AUGGGUCUCAGCGCCUGGAAUGAGCUGCUGGAUGCACACCGGGUGCCACACAGCGAAGAUGCGGAUCAAGUGACGCUUGUUUUGUCAGCCGAAACCCAAAAUAUCUUGCAAGAUUUUCUGGUAGGAGUGCUACAAGUAAAAGACGAAAAACCCAGUUUGGCUGCAAUCGGUUACUACCAUAAGGUCUUGGAUUUUGGUUUAAAAGAGAGGCGCCCAUUGUCUAUCCAUGUUUACACGGUUGCCUCGCCUUUAACUGCUACCGCGGUAGAUCUGUUGUCGAUAUUUGUGGGCCCCGACACCGUUAACGUUCGGUGGGGGUUUUUGCUGGAUUGGCAGCGAGGCUCUCACAAAACAUGGUUGCGUGGCCUUCGCGAAAGCUUUGAUCAGCUGCAACACAAAUUGGGCCGAGAUUUAGAGAAUUUGGACUUCUGUACCGUCGUGCUCAUGCGGUCCCAAAUUUGUGUGGGACUGGAUCUGAGAUCCCCGCAUUGGAAUUCGCUCAAAAUGGAGUUUCUGAACCAGUCGCUCAGAUCAUUGGCCCUUCUAAGACGUGCUUCACUGCUGGCAGUCGAACAAGACAGUGCGCCGGAACUUUUGAUAGAAAUAUGCAGAGUCGUGUUGGGCCAGGAGUCAAGCCAGACCCCAAACUACAUCGACAUGAACAGGCUGUUUGUGCCACGAGGCUGUGACUCCGAGCCCAAAAUCAAGACCAUGGGCGAGAGCUUUCCAGUGUCACAGAUCGAAGCCGAAUCGUUCAUAGCAGGUCAAUUCGAACGGCUUAUUCCUGGUGCGUCCGACGAACAACAAGAAAAAGAACGAAAAGAACGAAAAGAAGAAGUUGAAAAAGGGGAUGACCCAGAAUUUGAUCAACUCUCUGAUUCUUCAUCUCAUGAUAUUCCAGAGAUAGAUGUGCAGAAAAAGUUGGCUCAAAUUUACCAAGAACAGAAGUCAUCGCUUUUGGACCCCGUUGCAAGUCACGAAUCUACAAUUGAUAUCCCAAGCGCCAAAGAGGCCUUGGAACUCUGA